GAAAGAAUGAAUGCAGUAAAACAGGUUGACCUGGGAGCUAGCAGUUUAAAACUAUGUAGUGCACGCUUGGGGCUUAUUGUUUUCAGAAUUACCUCUGCCAUCAAGACGAACACAAACCGACAUGAAGCUGGGCUUGCUGUUGGUGCUGGUUGUGGCGGCCCUGCUGCCCGACCUUUCCGAAAGUCGAAUUGUCUCCAAAUGCGAGCUGAAGGACAAGCUUCAUGGGAAAAUCUACCUGCCCAAAAAUCUGAGGAAGCACGAGGAGGAAAUAUUGUCUAUAGUUAUCUGUGAGAUCAGCGAGAAGUCUAACAUGAACACCAGCUUGGUUAAAGUAGAGGGGAUCCGCCAGCACUUGACCACAGACAUGCAAACAACUGAUGGAUAUGAAGAGGUAACCGACGAAGCAAUGACAGCUGCUCCAACUGCUCGCGCUGCACCCACUACCACUACUACUACCCCUACUUUUACUACUACUGCUCCUACUACUUCAACUACUGCUCCUGGUACGGAAGCAGUUUCCUCACAAUCAUCUUCAACAUCUGUGAGGAGACGAAAAAAGCGAAAUGAUCCCUAUGAGUAUUUUACACUGCAUGAUAUGGAAAACCUUUUCGAUGAGGAUCAGAUGGAACAAGAUGAUGAGCACAUGAUCGAGUACAACUUAGAUGAAGACGCAUCUUCUAGUCAAAGGUACCCCAACGGGAUGCCUCUUUGGUCUCUUGGUUUUUAUGGAAUCUUCCAGCUGAGAGAUAGCCAUUUUUGUGAUUCUGGUUACCGCUGGUCUAGAAAUCUGUGCCAGAAAUCUUGCUCAGAUUUCACAGACGACGACAUCACCGAUGACAUCGAGUGCCUCAUAAAGUCGUACUACCACUGGUACCUCUUCCAGAAUAUCUCUCUUAAGUGCUAUAGGGAGAGAAAAACAUUCCUCCAAGAUUGUUCCUAAGUGCCUGUGAGAGCAUCUAUUCUCCGCUAACAGGUGAACCUCUACUACAAGCUGUAGAAGAUUGAAUCCUAUUGUGAAGCACUGCUUUCUUUUUCAUUGAUAAUGAUCAGAAUAACCUCUCCUGUUUAAAUCUAUGUAAUAGAGAUUGAAAUAUUAGAAUAUUGCUGCAGUUUGAUUUUGCUCUUCCUGUGGUUGUUCAAACACCCAAUGAUUAUGUAAUGCUUAUGUAAUACUUGUGUUAUACUUAAUUUCUAAAAUCAAUAAAGGUGAUUAGUUGGCAGUGUG